CUCCUCCAAAUAAGUAUAUCAAAAUAAUACAAAAUAUACAAAGAAACUAAGCAGCAAUACACAAAAAAUGGAUCAUCCCCAGUUCGAGGAAGCUUUUCUGCGCCAACCAUCCAAGAUGAAGGAAGUUCUACUUAUGCUCGAGCAAAUGGCCACUGCCAACAAAAUGGAGGAUAAUAAGAAGGAACGCAAGACGUCGUUAGAGAUUGGUUUAGUGGACGAUACCAGUUUUAUAGUUUCGCGCCGUUCAUCAAAGAGAAUAUCAAAGAGAUUCCUUAAGGUCAAAAGUACAGUCAAUAAAAACAUGGAACAGUUUACGUUCAUGCGUCAGAUUGAUGAAGAUCUGCCAGAGCGCACCCAGGCCCGCAUCGAACGGGAAGAUGUGGCUCAAAAUUUUCGACGACUGGGCAAUGAUGAAUACCGACAUAACAACUAUGACAACGCCAUUAUGUAUUAUAACAAAGGCUUGGAGUACAUUAAAGAUACGCCAGUGCUGUAUGCAAACCGAGCCUUGUGCUAUAUUAAACAACGCAACUAUAAACUCGCCAUUAUGGAUUGUGACUAUGUUAUUAAUAAGUUGGAUCCCCGUUGUCUCCGGGCCUGGCUAUAUAGAGCCGGUGCUUUUAAGCGAUCCGGCGAUGAGAAGGCCUUUGAAGAGAGCGUUUACCAGGCACGUAAGCUCAACUCUAAGGAGAAAGAGUUUAUUGACAAUUUUCUGGAGAAAAUGCGCACAGAUCUUUAAAAAAGUGCAUCAAGUGCAAUAAAAAAUUUCAAGUAUUUAA